GCGAUGGCGGAGGGGCCGCAGGCGAAGAGGAGGCGGCCCGAGGAGGGUGCGGCGGCCGGAGAUGGGCAUCAUGACGGGGCCGGCGCUCACUUCCCGCUGGCGGAGCUGCGGGUGCUGCGGGUGCUGCGGGAGUCAGCGCGGGACAAGACUGUGUUCCUGCACGGGCAGGCAACCAGCCCCUCUGGAGAGGGCACAGAUGCUGUAGUCAUCCUGGAAAAGACUCCCUUCCAGGAGGAGAAGGUAUUGGACCUGCUGAAGAAGCACACAAAGCUGGAGCUGCAGAUGAGCAAUGACAUUUACAGCACAUACCACCUGUACCCUCCCCCGGAGCUGAGCGAGAUAAAAACCACAGUGGUGUAUCCUGCCACAGAGAAACACCUCCAGAAGUACCUCCACCAAGAAGUGCACCUCAUCCGUGAAACCUGGGAGGAUUACAAGGACAUAACACUGCCCUUCAUCCAGUCCCAGAGCUUCAGCAUCCAGUGGGUGUAUAACAUCCUGGAGAAGAAAGCUGAGGCCGAUCGAAUCGUCCAUGAAAACCAAGAUCCUUCCAAUGGCUUUGUGCUAGUUCCAGAUUUGAAGUGGAACCAAAACCAGCUGGAUGACCUCUACCUGAUUGCCCUCGUUCACCGCCGGGACGUCAUGUCCCUUCGGGACCUCACGGCUGAGCACCUCCCACUGCUGAGGAACAUCUUGCAAGAGGGCAAGGAGGCUGUAAUGAAGCGUUUUGGGGUUCCCAGCUCCAAGCUGCGGAUCUACCUGCAUUACCAACCCUCCUACUAUCACCUGCAUGUGCAUUUUACUGCUCUGGGCUACGACGCCCCGGGCAGCUCCGUGGAGAGAGCCCAUCUCCUGGCAGAUGUGAUUGACAACCUGGCCACCGACUCCAUGUUCUACCAGAAACGGGCUUUGACCUUCGCCCUUCGGGCUGAUGAGCUUCUCUUUAAGAAAUUCCAGGAGGCUGGAAGAGUGUGAGCUGCUCAAGGCUCUUUUGUAUCUUUUAAUUUUUAAUAAAUGCCCAUUUUCAGGGUUGUUUGGUUUUUUUUAA